UUCAAGAUGGCGGUACGUAUACCGCUGUGUAUAAAGAUGUCACCCUCAGCUUUACUGGGUUUUAAAUCUCUUUUUACGGAACAAAGUUCCUCCAAUAAGCUGCUAAAAUCGUUACCGGGGCUCUGCAGACGAGUUUAUUCCGUGAAAGCCCAGUCGGCAGUGGAGGAGGAUGGUGUCGGUGCUGCCACCUUCAGCAGCCCUCUGGAUCACUACAAUGGGCUCAUCAGAGAAGGAACGCUGCGAGAGGAUGAACAUCAGAAGGUAGUUCUGCAGAAACUGAAUGAGCUGCACAAAACGUUGAGAGGAUACAGCAACACGCCAACAUCCAUCUUCUCCAAGUUUUUCUCAAAACCCAAACCUCCAAAGGGCUACUACAUCUAUGGCGAUGUUGGCACCGGAAAAACGAUGGUCAUGGAUAUGUUUUAUUCAUAUGUGGAGACUGAAAAGAAAAAGAGGGUUCAUUUCCAUGGCUUCAUGUUGGACGUGCAUAAACGGAUCCAUCGGCUAAAACAAAGUAUGCCAAAGAGGAAAGUGGGUAAAAUGGCCAAAUCUUAUGACCCCAUUGCUCCCGUUGCUGAGGAGAUCAGUGAAGAGGCUUGUCUUCUGUGCUUCGAUGAGUUUCAGGUCACUGAUAUAGCUGAUGCCAUGAUUCUCAAGCAGCUUUUUGAGAAUCUGUUUCUGAAUGGAGUUGUCGUCGUGGCCACUUCUAAUCGUAUUCCUGAAGAUUUGUAUAAAAACGGUCUGCAGAGAGUCAACUUUGUGCCUUUUAUUGCUGUGUUGCAGAAAUAUUGUCAAACUCUCCGGUUGGACUCUGGGAUAGAUUACCGCAAAACAAACAAACCAUCUGCUGGAAAGCUCUACUUUCUCUCCAGUGAGCCUGAUGUGAAUGCAACACUGGACAAGGUUUUUGAUGAGCUGGCUUUUAAGCAGAAUGACAUAACACGACCCAGAGUUCUGAACGUUAACAACAGAAAAGUCCGCCUGAACAAAGCUUGUGGGACCAUUGCAGACUGUACGUUUGAUGAGCUGUGUGACAGACCUUUAGGGGCCAGUGAUUACCUGGAGAUGUCCAGGCUCUUUGACACCAUCUUUAUUCGUCACAUUCCUCUGCUCACCCUGAACAAAAAAACCCAAGCCAGGCGGCUCAUAACGCUAGUGGAUGCCCUCUAUGACCACAAGGUGCGGGUGGUGAUUCUUGCUGACCACCCUCUGGAGGACAUAUUUGUUCAUGAUGGGGAUCACAGUCAUGACGAGAGCCACAUACUCAUGGAUGAUCUGGGACUGAAAAGAGAAGAAGCCAGCAGUCUGUCCAUAUUCAGCGGAGAAGAGGAAAUGUUUGCCUUCCAGAGGACAGUGUCUCGACUCACGGAGAUGCAGACAGAGGACUACUGGUUGGCGGGAGACCGAAGCAAGAAAUCGCAGGUUUAACAUCCGCGGGGAAAAAGUGGACCACGUUGCACAAUGUCCUCACUUUGUACACGAUAUUCCCUUUUAGUCAAAAACUGCCUGGACUAAACGUUAAUACUCCUCCUCAUGCAGCAGAAACCCAGUAAGACUACCGAACUGGAUUAGUACUAAUGUACAGAAAAUAUUUAUUGAUAUUUAAAUGCCUUUAAUCAUUUUACUGCAACAUUUGCACUUCAAAGAACAUGUUUUUUUGGAUUUUGAGUGUCAUAUUACUCCUUAUUAUCAAACUGUGGUCCAACAGUAUUUAUUUUUUAAAUACAAGGGGGACGAAGACUGGGCAACUUUUGGACUUUUGGAAAUGGACUUCCAAAUGACUCUUAUGAAGAUUUUGAUGACAUUUUAAUGGUGUUUUACUAUGCAGUGAAACUCAAUGAGUUGUUGGAGAUAAUUAUGCAACAAUUAUAUAAAUACAGUGACAGGAAAUUGGUCCAAGUAUGCAAAGGUGAGUCCUUAUUCCUGAUCAUUUGUUAUGUUGUUGUAGAUGAACAAUCACUUUUGACUGUUCAUUUAUUUCCAUUUGCAGGUAUUUUUAAAAAAGGAAAUAACACAUGCAAAAAAAAGAAGGGUUUAUAUUUACAUAUUCUAUUUUUUUUAAUUUUUUUUUACGCCACUGUCUUCCUAAAUGAAACUAAUAAGGUUUUGGGUGUGUGGGUCGAUGUUUCUAACUGGUUGCUGAUUUACAUGAAUCCUUUUCAUUUAAAGUAAUCAGUAUUCAGCCACAGGGCUGUGUGGGAAGUGAAAAUUAGGGAAAAUACUUGACAAUGUAUCUCAUGUACAGACGAGAGUGUUAUUGGAACAGACACUCUGUCGAUGUUAUUUAAUCUGGUAAAAAUCUGGAUAUUUUUCUGCAAACUGCCUUGUUUGUAUUGUUGACUCCCAUUCACUUUUACACAGAAGAAAUUCGAUUGAUGUAAAUCAGUGGAAGAUAUGUAAUGAUUUAAAUCAUAUUUAUAUUGA